GCCCGCUGCCCGGCGCUUGGGAAGGCGCGUACGGAGGCCCACGAGGCUCCAGGGUCCUCGCCGCUGCACGACCUCCCGCGGUGUGAGCGCAGUAGAUGUCCCAGCGUGUUAGAAGUCAAGAGGAGUUGAGAAUCUGAUGGCAUGGCUUUGAUUACCUUGCGGAGGAACCUUUACCAUUUAUCCGAUUUUCGGAUACAUGGCGCGCUGGCCGCUCUGAAAAAUCACCCCGUAAACCAUGUUCGCAAGAUGGUCAAGGGGCGUCUGUGUCCAUGGUUCCCUUCACUACAACCGGAGCCUUGCAGGGUCAGGUUCCAUCAUGCCUGUUGUAAAAAGUUCCACUCGGAAAACGGAGACGCCCUGCGUCCACUUGGUGAGCCAGUGUUCUCUCAAGCACAUGAUUGGGCUGGGCCUGAACAAAAUCCUAAAAGCCUGGAUGAACAGAUGUUUUACAGGAGACUCGACGACUUGGAUUCCUCAGAAGACGUGUUACAUUUUAUAGGCACGCUGCAACCUUUGCCUGAUAGCCUGGCAGCAGGAGCCUUGCAACGGAUCUGUGAAGUGGAAAAAAAAGACAGCAAUCACAAGCUGCCAAAAGGAAUACUAGAGAAUGGUGUCUUUCAAGCUUUAUGCGUUCGGUUUGAGCAGGAAUCCCCGAGUCUGUCGGACACGGCUUUGGUGACUGCUUUGCAAGCUCUGAGUCUGUUGUACGUGGGCCCUCAGAGUAACUUGUUACUAAACCUGGUGGCAGAAAGCCGCCGUCGUGUCAAAAGAGGUGGCCUGGAAGUCCGCAGUCUCUGUAUCCUUGGGGAAAGUCUGAUUAGACUGCAGGGUCCAGGCGGUGAGACACUAGAACUGAUUAUAUAUCAACUGCAAGGGGAAAAAUUGGAAACAUUUGCCCCUGAGGAUAUCGUGGCCCUUUAUAGAAUACUGCAGGCAUGUGCUGAAAAAGUGGACCGACACCAAGCGUUUCUCAACAAGAUAAACAGCUUUUCCCUGUCGGUCGUUUCCAACUUGAGUCCUACGCUGAUGAGUCAAAUGCUCACUGCCCUAGUGGCUCUUGAUCAAACUCAAGCACUUCCUCUGGUUAUAAAAUUGGGAAAAUAUGCUGUGAGGCAUAUCCCUCAUUUUACUCAUGAAGAGCUCAGAAAAGUCCUGGAGGCUUUCAUAUACUUUGGGCACAAUGACCGAUUUUUUACAACAGCCCUGGAGCGACAUGUGGCCUCACUGUGUCUCGCUUUGGAUCCUGAGGUCAUCAGCACCGUCAUGGAGUACUGCGGGAGGAAACAGAUUCUUUCAAAACCCAUCUUCGAUGCAGUGGCGGAAACUUUUGUUGGCCAGUCAGAGAAAUUUUCACCUUGUCAGGUUUCCGAGUUAAUUGAACCGUUUGGAAAACUCAAUUAUUUGCCACCGAACGCCUCUGCUUUAUUUAGAAAGCUAGAAAACCUGUUACUCACUCGUUUUGAAUAUUUUCCACCCAAAACGUUAUUGAAAAUUCUCCAUUCGUGUUCACUCAUCGAAUGCCAUCCGGUCAACUUUAUGGCAAAAAUAUUCAGCCCUUAUUUUCUUCAGCAGCUGCAAGGGGAAGAAUCGUACGUGGACAGACUGAACCUCGCACAGCUGACCCAACUGUUCCUAACCUCAGUGCUAGAAUGCCCUUUCUAUAAGGGUCGGAAACUUCUUCCUAAAUAUCAAGUGAGGUCAUUUCUUACUCCGUGCUGUUCUCUGGAGACGCCUGUGGAUUUUCAGCUUUACAAAUCUGUGAGGAUUGGACUGAUUGACCUUCUGGGCGCAAGAAUGUAUUUUGCUUCAAAAGUGUUAACGCCCUAUUGUUAUACAAUAGAUGUGGAAAUUAAAUUAGAUGAAGAAGGAUUAGUAUUGCCAUUUACGAUUGAUGAAGAUGUGCAUAAAAGGUUAGCACUAUGCAUUGAUGAUCCAAAAAGAUUUUCUCUGAAUAGCAGACACUUACUGGGAAAGGAAGCUAUUAAACAAAGACACCUGCGCCUGCUUGGUUAUCAGGUUGUUCAGAUCCCCUAUUAUGAGAUUGAGAUGCUAAAAUCAAGAGUUGAAUUGGUGGAAUAUUUGCAGAGAAAACUAUUUCCUCACAACGUGGGCGUUCGUUGGUAACAAGAGAGAAUACUGGCUUCAGGACUCGGUGAACCAACUUGUGUUUUCUUGGGACUCAGUACAAAGAAGGAUGUAAAAGGAUGGAAGUUGUGAGUUGGCCGUGAUCCGGAAAGGGUCUGGUUUUCCUUAUACCAUGUAUACACUUACCAGUGGUAAAUUUAAAAUAAAUUUUUAUUUUUAUUU